AUGGAGAAGGACAAGGAUGGACAGACAGAAGGAUGGGUGGAUGGAGGGAUGGAGAAGGACAAGGAUGGACAGACAGAAGGACGGGUGGAUGGAGGGAUGGAGAAGGACAAGGAUGGACAGACAGAAGGACGGGUGGAUGGGUGGAUGGAGAAGGACAAGGAUGGACAGACAGAAGGAUGGAUCCACCGCGGCCACACGCUGCUGGCGGCCAGCGGCGCCCAGGCCGCCCCGCGCCAGCGCCUCGGGGUCACCGCCACCCGCAACGCCCUGCGGCUGGAGAUCGCGGACGCGGGGCCGGGGGACAGCGGGGAGUACCGCUGCACGGCCACCAACGCCCACGGCAGCGCCAGUGCCACCAAGAGCUUCCACGCCCGCGGUGCCCAGGUGCUGGUGCAGCCCUCGGCAGAGGUGCGGGAGGGGACAGCGGUCACCCUGACCUGCGUGGGGGCUGGGGACACGGCGGGGGACACCCUGUACGACUGGUACCGCAACGGCAAGCGGCUGCCGGGGGGCUCGGCCCCCACCCUGCGCUUCCCCUCCAUCCGCGGCGAGGACGCGGGGGCGUUCCAGUGCCGGGCCCGGGGCGGCAAUGACAGUGACGUGUCGGUGGCCGUCGCCCUCCGUGUGCUCUUUCCACCGAGGCCACCGGUGAUGAGCUCCUUCCUGCAGACCCAGGGUGGACACCUGGGCAUCCUCCAGUGCAGCGUCGAGAGCGACCCAGAGGCCAACCUGACCCUAUGGAGAGGAGACGAGGUCAUCGCCUGCACGGGGGGCUGCCCCGCGUCCGCCCGGGUCCAGGCCACCUUCUCCUACAACAGCCUGAGAGUGGAGAUCCGGGAGGUGAUGGUGGAGGACGAGGGGACCUACGUGUGCUGGGCUGGGAACUCACAGGGCAAUGCCAGCGCAGCCGUGGACUUCAGGGCUGAGACUGCCACCAUCACGGUGUCACCGUCCUCCCGUGUCCUGGAAGGCCAGGCUGCCAACCUGACCUGCCACCUGAGCAGCCGCUCCCCGGCGCCACCCAACGUCACCUGGUACCACAAUGGGCAGCAGGUGGCCGAGGGCUCGGCCGCGUCGCUGGUGCUGGGGCGGGUGGCCAGCGCGGACGCCGGGCUCUACCAGUGCAGAGCCAGCGUGGCGGGCGGCAGCCGCAGCUCCCCCGCUGUCCCCCUGCAUGUGCUGUACCCCCCGCGGGAUCCCCGGCUCUCUGCGUUCCUGGAAACGGAGCGGGGCCGCCUGGCCAUCUUCCAGUGCUCGGUGGCCAGCAAUCCCCCCGCCCAGCUGGUCCUGAGCCGCGGCCACCAGCUGGUGGCCACCAGUGCCGGGGGGAGCAGCCCGCGGGUCAGUGUCACGGCCGUCCCCAACGCCAUCAGGGUGGAGAUGCGGGACGUGACACCGGAGGACGAGGGCAGCUACGACUGCACGGCCACCAACGCACACGGCACCACGUCCCAACACCUGUACCUGCGCGUGCAGGCUGCCCGAGUCCUCAUCUCGCCAUCGGCGGAGGUGCUGGAAGGGGACAACGUGUCCCUGACGUGCCAAACAGCGGGACAGCCGCAGGAUGACGCUGUCUACAGCUGGUACAAGGACAGCCAGCGGCUCCAGGACACCCCCGGCCACCUCCUCGCCCUGCCCCAUGUCACCAGCGCUGCCACCGGCUCUUACCACUGCCGGGCCCGUGGCCCCUCAGGGACCAGCGUGUCCCCAGCUGUCACCCUGCACGUGUCCUAUCCUCCGCGGGUGCCGGUGCUGACCCCCCUCCUGGAGCCCCCCGAGGGCCGGCACGCUGCUCUGCAGUGCGCUGUGGACAGCAGCCCCCCGGCGGAGCUGGCACUCUUCAAGGACCAGGACCUGGUGGCAUCCACGGCCAUGUCCCAGCCUGCCACCCUGCCGCGGCUCAGCGUCACCUCAGCCACCAACAUGCUGCGGGUCAGCAUCCAGCCCGUGCUGCUGGAGGACGAGGGCCAGUACGUCUGCGUGGCCACCAACGCUUACGGCAACGCCAGCACCGCCGGGAACUUCACUGCGGGGACUGCCAGGCUCUGGAUCUCCCCGUCCCCAGAUGUCCGGGAAGGUGACGCUGCCACCCUGAUCUGUGCGGUGCAGAGCGAGGCGGGGGACACACUGAGCUACACCUGGUACAAGAACAAGGCCUGGUUGAGCAGCGGCUCGUCCCCAUCCCUCGCCUUGCCCCAUGUCACUGUCACCGACGCCGCCUCCUACCACUGCACCGUGUGGACCCCGUCACGGACCCGCAGCUCGGCCCCCGCCACCCUCAACGUCCUCUACCCCCCCAGGAACCUGCAGCUGAAAACCUUCGUGGAGAGCGGCGAGGGGACCGCAGUCAUCCUCCUCUGCAGCGUGGAGAGCAACCCCCCGGCGCAGCUCACCCUGCUCAGGGCGGGGCAGCCAGUGGCCUCCAGCCCCCCGGCGGGGGGCGCCCACCCCGGGCAGAGCGGCCGCGUCCCCCCCCAGCCCAACGCGCUGCGGCUGGAGCUCCGGGACCCCUCGGAGGAGGAUGAGGGGGGGUACGAGUGCCUGGCACGGAGCCCCCUCGGCAGCGCCCGCGCGUCCUUGGCCCUCCAGGUGCAGGCCGUCAGGGUGCUGGUGCGACCCUCCGCCGAGGUGCCCGAGGGGACCGACGUGACCCUGACGUGCCGGGCCGUGGGGGCCCCCCCGGGCACCCUCUACAGCUGGUACAAGAACGGGCGGUGGGUGGCCGAGGGGCCCGAUCCUGCUCUGGUCCUCCCCGCCGCCCGCCCUGCGGACGCCGGUUCCUACUCCUGCCGGGCGGGGGGGGCACAGCGGGGCCGCCGGGCCUCCCCCGCCGCCCUGCGGGUGCUCUAUGCCCCCCAGGCGCCAUCCUUCACGUCGCUGGUGGAGCCGCAGGGGGGGCGGCAGGCAGUCCUGCUCUGCACCGUGGACAGCUGCCCCCCCUCCGACAUCGUCCUGCACCGGGGGCCCGGCCACCCCGUGGCCUCCACGCGGGGCCCGGCCGACCCCCGUGUCACCGUGCAGGUGACCCCCAACUCGCUGCGGGUGGGGCUGGGGGCGCUGGGGCCGCGGGACGCGGGGCUCUACGUCUGCUCAGCCAACAACAGCUUCGGCACUGCGUCCUCGUCCCUGCGCCUGGACCUGCCAGGGGUCAUCAUCGCAGUCGAGCCCUCACCAGAAGUCCUGGAAGGUGCCACAGCCACCGUCACCUGCUCAGGUGUCCCCUGGGUAGGGGACGAGGCCAACUACACCUGGUACAAGAACGGCCGGUGGCUGCAGGAGGGACCGGCUGGUUCCCUCGUCCUCAGCCCUGUCACCAGCACCGACAGCGGCUCCUACCAGUGCCGGGCGAGCGGCACGCAGGGCAGUGUCACCUCGGCCCUGCUCGGCCUCAGUGUCCUCUACCCGCCCCGGGAUGUGUCCAUCAGCACGUUCCUGGAGAACCGCAGCGGGCGGGUGGGCAUCGUGCUGUGCUCCGCCGACAGCCACCCCCAGGCCACCAUCGCCCUGUACCACCGCGGCCACCUCCUGGCCACCAGCCUGGCCACCGGCCUGGCCACCGCGCCGGGGGGGCGCGUCACCGCCUCCCACAACAGCCUGCGCCUGGAGCUGGGGGCCGUGGGCGCCCAGGACUCGGGGGAUUACACCUGCGUGGCCACCAACGCGCUGGGCAACGCCACGGGCAGCGCCCACUUCGACGUGCGCACUCUCACCCACCUCCUGGUUGUCACCGUGCUGGCUGGACUGCUGACGGCCGUCAUCUGCAUGGCUGCCCUGGCUCUCCUGGCUGUGAAGCUGUGGCCCAGAGUAAGGAAGAUUUGGGGCUGCUCGGGGGCUGAGGACACCUUCGAGCUGAGGAGCAAACAGGAGCAGACGCAGGUGGACGGAGCCUCCUGAGCCGGUGUUUUUUUCGGGCCAAGAGCACCUGCAGCAGCUGGUGGGGUGACCCAACUGGUGGGGUGACCCGGCUGGUGGGGUGACCCGGCUGGUGGGGUGACCCAAACGGUGGGGUGACCCAGCUGGUGGGGUGACCCAGCUGGUGGGGUGACCCAGGUCGGGGGGAGACCCGGCUGGUGGGGUGACCCAGCCCCGCUGUGGCAGAUCCUGCAGCCCCAGGGACAACCCAGCCCAUCCCCGUCCCUGUCUGUCUCCUGUCCCCCUGUCCCCUCAUGGCUCCCGCCGUGGCUGCUGCUCUCACGCCAGGCCUGGUUUGUGCUCACCGCGGGUGCCGGUGAGCCGGGCUGGCUCCGAGCUGCUCUCCAGCAGUAGAACACCAGAAAACAAACCAACAAAACCUCCCGGUGGCAGUGCCACCUCUCCAUCGCCACUGUCCUCCUGUCCCCCCACCAGAGCCACCCCCCACGGUGCUGUCCCCAUGUGCUGGGGCCUCUCUGUCUGGAAAUAAACCUGGAGCAAGGUG